GCUUUUCGUUCUUGUCUUUUUCUCGCGUUUUCUGCCUUAGGUGCUUCCAAAUUAAUUGCCGCGUGAUCUGCUUUUUGCACCUUCUCGGCGUACUCCCAACUUUGUAUUGCGUGCGCGUUUUUAUCACCUCGAACCGCGUAGUACUUCUGCGCACCUUAUCGGCCUUUUCUUAUCUUUCCUCUCUUACGAUUGCUUCAGUAGCCGCACUUUUGUGGUUCUCACUCACCCAUUCACUCACACACAAGUCGGAAGUAACACCGUCACAUUUCAUCACACAUCUUCUCUAAAGAAUAAGAAGAACAAAAACAUGACUCUCGACCCGAACUCGUUCGAAGCGGUGAGGCCGAAGCUGUCACUGCAAACACUUCAGGAUAUUGAGGGUCUCGAUCCCCUCAAGUACGGCUUUGGCCGCAAGGAGUGCUGCGGUCCGAUUCCGGCGAAGAUUCUCGGCAGCAUGAAGCUGCAGGAACACUUCUUCCUCAACUCCCGCAUGCUGCCCACAGAGUGGGACAAGCGCACCGAGAACGUGCCCGGCUACAAGGAGUUGGCGGAGCAGGUCAAGAAGGAAUGCCCGGAGGCGUCCUUCACGGUGUCGCACCUCGACAGAGACACCGACGACUCCAUCCUUCACUUCAAGGUGGACGAGGAGGAGAAGGCGGUGGCGAUUACGCAGUACAGUGGUGUCACGGAGCCCUACGAACUGCCGUCGAACGCGAAGGGCAAGCUGGCGGUUGACCGCUCCGGGGAGUACUUCAUCUUCAUCUGCGCGCACUUUACCCGCGAUGAGCGCUGCGGCUACUGCGGCUCCGUCCUCAUGGAUCUCUUCCGCCAUGCCAUCACGGAGACGAUGGGAGAAGGUGGGGCGGCGCGGGUGUCUGUGCACGCAUGCGCGCACGUCGGAGGACACAUCUACGCCGGCAACGUACUCAUUUACAGCCGCUACGGCGGUAUUUGCUACGGUCUGUUCAAGCCGGAGGACGUGCAAAUGGUGGUGGACGCGAUCAAGGAGGACAAGGGUGAGGUUCCCGAGUUGCUCAAGAACCGCAUUCGUGGUCAGAUGGGGCCCAGUACGGAGUCGAAGUAA